AUGGCGGCGGUGGCGGCUCUUAGGGGUUUAAAAGAUGUGGCACUUCGUACUAUAGACAACUUGGCGUCUGAACUUUAUGAGCUGAACCAGAAGAUUUGGAAAAAGCCAGAACUUGGUUACCAAGAAAAGUAUGCGCAUGAAGUGUUAACUAAAUUCUUAAGUGAUAAGGGAUUCGAGGUAACACCCCAUCAUACUCUGGAUACGGCAUUCCGAGCAGCCAGUGGUCGAUGUACCAGACGAGUUGUAGGGUUUAUUUGUGAGUACGAUGCUUUACCUGGUAUAGGGCAUGCUUGUGGUCAUAACCUGAUCGCCGAGGUUGGGGUAGGUGCCGCACUGGGUGUGAAGGCAGCACUUGAUGCAAUUAAGCAAGACCUGGGGAAAGUUGUAGUUCUUGGAACUCCAGCAGAAGAAGGUGGUGGAGGCAAAAUUAAAAUGAUUGAAAAUGGUUGCUUUGAGGAAGUAGAUUUUUGUUUGAUGGCUCAUCCUAAAUCUUUUAGCUGUAUUUAUCCAACAUGCUUGGCAAUGCAAGCUGUUCAGGUCACAUAUCAUGGAGUAUCCUCCCAUGCAAGCGCUUUCCCUUGGGAGGGUGUUAAUGCAUUGGAUGCUGCUGUCAUGGCUUAUAAUGCUGUCAGUGUUUUGCGGCAGCAGCUCAAACCAACAUGGCGUCUACAUGGUGUCAUCACAGAUGGAGGAAAUAAGCCAAACAUUAUUCCUGAAAAGGCUUCAUUGGCAUAUUAUGUGAGAACUCCAACUGAGGAAGAAUUAUUGGUUCUUCGUAGCAAAGCACAUAGAUGUUUCGAGUCUGCUGCUCAGGCCACUGGUUGCACUGUGGACAUUCAUUGGGAUUCUAUGUUCUAUUCCAACUUGGCAACCAAUAAACAGCUUGCAGAGCUCUAUGGAGCAAAUGCGCAGGACUUUGGCUUAACAUUUCCACCACAUGAAGAACAAGUAAAGGCAUCAUUUGGUUCCACAGACAUGGGAAAUGUGUCACAUGUUAAACCUUCCAUUCACCCAUACUUUGACAUUGAAACAUCUGCUGCAAAUCACACUCAUGAGUUUACUGCAGCAUCAGGGAGGACAGAAGCUCAUGAUAGGGCAGUUAUUCAAGCUAAAGUCAUGGCCAUGACAGCAUUAGAUGUGCUGUGUGAUGAUCAGGCCUGGGAAGAAAUUGUGGCUGACUUUGAGAAAGUUCAUGGAAGGAUGAAACCUAGGCUGACAUGAGCUGUAAUGUCUAAACACACAAGAAUAAUUAAUCUUAAAUGUAUUAGCUCAGGAAGUGAUUGAUAGAUAAAAACCUCUUCUAUCUCAGGUCAGCCCAAUUGUAAUGCUGCUGUUAUGAGGGAGGGAAGAGGUAAAAAAAUGAAUUUCAAUAGGAAUUGAGAAAAAUGCGUUUAAUAUGCAAAAAACGAUCAAAACUUUAUGAUAUCAUGAAAUUUGAACAAAAUGAAAUAUAUACUGUGGAUCUAGGAACAGAAUACAGUGCAGGGAAAUAGAGAUAAAUUAUUGUGAAAAGGUUGAAUCAUUACAAUCAUCAUGGGCAUUACCAAUCUGAGGAAUUGCACAACAGCUUUGAUAAAGGAAAUUGUUAACAAUUUUGUCAUAAACUUGGCUUACAUUUUGCCUUUAUGCAUCUUUAGGCAAGUGGGAAAUGAAGUUUGUUCUGUAGGCCAAGUAGGAAAUCUGACAGAUUUUUCUGUUAUUUAUUGUUAGUUUUUUUUAGACCAGACAGUGCACAUCGCAGUAUUGAAACUAUUUAAAAAUAAUUAACCAAUAGAAACUUCCCAUGAAAUUAUUCAGUCACAGCAAGUAAUUAAAAAAAACAAA